AUGAACCAGAGGAAGUUGCAGCUUUUACUUCGAAACUGUGGGGAGCUGGAAUCUCUGAAGAAGAUCCAUGCCCGAGCCGUGAUAUCUGGAUUGCUCCGUGCCCAUCAAUCCGUAGCUUCCAAGCUGUUGAGUCGCUACGCGGAAUUUGGCGGGACAAGGGACGCGCGGAAGGUGUUUGAUGAAAUUCCCAGCCCAGACAUCGUGUCCUUCACCAGCCUCAUCCAUCUCUACUUACAGGACCAACUUCCAGGCCGAGCGUUCCUGGUGUUCUCCCAGCUGGUUCACUGUGGUCUUCCACCUGACAGCUUUUCAGCAGUGGGAGCGCUCUCUGCCUGUGGGCGAGGUGGGAAUUUGAUUGGGGGCAGGAUCGUUCACGGGAUGAUACUCAGGUUUCAGCUCAUGGGGUCAGAACCGAUUCUGGGUAAUGCGUUAGUAGACAUGUACUGUCGAAAUGAGAGAAUCCGUGCAGCAAAAUUGGUGUUUAAGCAUAUGAUUGCUGUCAAGGAUUUGUCUUCAUGGACUAGUUUGCUUAAUGGGUUGGUGAUGAACAACAAGUUGGCCUCUGCUAGAAGAGUAUUAAACAAAAUGCCGAGCAGAAAUGAUGUAGCUUGGAACUCAAUGAUAACGGGCUACAUUCAGCACAAGAUGCCAGUUCAAGGUCUUAUCAUGUUUAAGCGGAUGAAAGCAGCUGGAGAUUGCCCUCUCACGGCUGUAACCUUUGUAGCAGCUCUUUCAGGCUCUGCUGAUAUCGGUUCGAUUUAUCAAACCCAGGCUAUCCAUUGUUGCAUCAGGAAGUCUUCUUCGGAUUCUAGUGUCACCAUCAGCAAUGCUUUAAUAGAUUCCUAUUCAAAAGGAGGCUGUCCUGAUUGUGCCAGAAAGAUAUUCGAUUAUAUACGGAACAGAGAUGUUUACUCAUGGACAAGCAUGAUAUCAGGCUAUGCAUUCCACAGCCAAGGAACGGAAGCUCUUGCUGUUUUCCGCUACAUGUUGGAAUCAGGAGCUAUUCCGAAUACUGUAACGUUCUUAUCAGUGCUAACAGCUUGCAGCCAUGGAGGGCUUCUCGUCGAGGCACAGAAGGUGUUCUACGAAAUGAUUCACACCCAUCACUUAUACCCCAGAAUUGAGCAUUAUGGAUGCAUUGUCGAUCUUCUCGGCCGAGUGGGACGUAUAGAAGAAGCUGUUGAGUUUGUCAACAAGAUGCCUAUCACCCCGGACGCAGUUAUUUGGCGGUCUCUGUUGAGUGCUUCAUUGGUGAAUGGGAACUUGGGUGUAGCUGAAAUGGCUGGGCAGAAGGCCAUUGAGUUGCAGCCAGAUGAUGAUGGAGUUUAA